AUGGAGGACGUGAUUUUUGUGUUCUUCAUCCCUGAAGUGGUCUUGUGGAAGAAUGUCCAGGCUGUCUCACCGGUACCCACAGUCCCAGACCGAGUCCAGGCUCUGGUGGGCUCCUGUGUGKUGAUUCCCUGCUCCUUCACGCCGUCGCCCGUGGCCCCUCGUCUUUUCGGAGGCCAGAGGCAGAGGGUAGAUGUGCGGCUGAGGUUCAACGACGGUGGUCGGGUGUUUCCUCUGCCGAGCAUCGCUUUCAACAGCGAAAGCAAAACCCAGGUGAGCAGGGCUUUCCGGGGCAGGACAUCCCUCGCUGGACAAACUGGAAAUGGAGACUGCUCCGUGAAGAUAGAGGAGGUCAGACGGGAUGACCCGCAGCUGCUGGAGGUGGCUCUGAAGAAAGGAGAUGACUCUCUUUGGGGGAAAUCAAGGAGUAUUAGUGUAGAUAUUAUUGACACUCCCGAGCCUCCUGUCAUCAGCGGCGAGCUGUCAGCCACCGAAGGACAGCUGGUGACCCUGAACUGCUCUGUCACGUACCACUGCCCCUCCACCCCGCCCACCCUCCAGUGGAGCUGGGAGCGAGGCACCCAGCCCAACAGCACUGAGUUCGGGGAAAUACAGACGCUUUACCCAGAUCCCCACAGGUGGACGUUGCUAUCCUCCCUGUCGUUCACCGUGACCCAYCAGGUGAAGCCCAGACUCAGGUGCGAGGUCAAACAUCCAGGGGUCCAACCGUUAGCCACUGCCAGGGAUCUGCACGUGACAUUUCCCCCCAAAGAUGUGAGGGUCCAGGUUGAGACGCUAACGGUGCAGCAGGGAGGCAACGCCUUGCUGGAUUGUUUGUGCAAAGCCGACCCUCCGGCAUCAGAGUACCACUGGUCCUACACCCAAGGUGGCCGCACCRYCCACCUCCACCAGCGAGGGUACAGGGUGAGAGUGUUCAACGUGACCAGGGACAUGAGGGUCCGCUGCUCGGCACAAAACGCCAUCGGCCGGGGGGARUCCCAGCCCACAUCCCUCAACGUGCAAUAUAAGCCAUCCAUCCUGCAGCUCUCCUCCACCUGUGCUCUGAAGGACUCUGAGGUUCUCUGUCACUGUUCCRUCGACUCCAACCCCAAAGCAGCCGUCACCUGGAGCGUUAACGGAACCGUUCCACCUCUCGAUUACAACGUGUCCGUAACAUCAGACGCUGACACGCUAACGGCCUCUCUGAGGGGUCACAUGGACGAACCACAGAGGAUCACCUGCUUUGCUUUCAACUCCCUUGGAAAUGACUCCCUUGUUUUGCUGCAGGGAGAUGAAGAAASUGUAUCUUUGAUUUGGAUCAUUUUACCUGCUGCGGUCAUCUGUCUGCUCAUAUUCCUCCUGCUUCCUCUUGUGUACUGGAGGAAAAAAGCUGAAAAACGCGUUCUUAGAGGACCUCCAGUCGUGUACCCUGAAGGACUGGGAAUUUACCAGGACAGGAUGCCACUCUAUGUUAACUGCACUGAAGUGACUCAUGUUUACACCAAUGGCAGCUACCAGCUUGUAUACCAGAACUGCACGCCUCUUUUUGUUCAUACCAAGCAGAGCCGUCCAAUGGGGCGAAGAGGUGGGGCGAGAAGAAGAGACAGAGAAGCCAGAGGGACUGAUAGAAGAGCUGACGUGGAAGUUAGAGGCACAAGAGCGGUGCAGGAAUCUGAUCCAGAGACAGCCAUCUACCUGGAGAUUCUCUGAGUCAGAAACUAAUUGCAAAUGUGUGUUGAGUUCAAUCUUGUUCAUGAGCCAAUAUGAGCAUGGUCAUUAGAGUUCUCAAAUAUUUUUUAUGUGUUAGAGUGCUUUUUUACAAAAGAUGGAAAGAUUUGAUUUAAAAAAGGUUCAUCUUUCCAGAAUAGAAGCGCCUAAUAUUUAAUGUUUUCUGAUAAAUAGAAUAGAAUAGAAUAGAAUAGAAUAGUUCUGUAAAACUGCCCAUGAUGUUUUGCCUUUAGAAGUAAAAAAAUAAAUAAGUGCUGAAACUUUAGGUUCAAAGUUCACUAUUUACUUAUUUUUGUUUGUUUGUUUGUUUUAGACCAAUGCCAUAAACAGGCACUGUAAA